AUGAUCCAAACCAAAACCACAACCAUCACCACCCGCACCAUUGAUGCUGGUACUGAUCAUCCCACAACAGCUACAACCACAACCGGUUCCACAACUAAAACCAAGUGUACCUACGGAAAGACAGACAGCCUUCCCAAAUUCCUCAAACAUGCUUCCAUUGGAACUGUUGCUUUGGCACUCUCUCGUAUUGCCUUGUAUGCUCCUUUCAGUGUUCAAAAGACUUUGAUUGCUAUCAGUGAUACUCCAGAACGUGAGGAUGAAGAAGCCUCCAAUGCUCCAACUUGCCAGGCCCGUCUGAUGCAAUACUUUGAGAAACCACUCCUGAUUAAGCUUGCUUUGUAUCAAUUGGGUCAUAUUGCUGUUACAGCCUUAUUAAACAAGCAAAAGUGGGUACCCUUCUCCCAAUACAAGCCCUUGGAGCAUGCCGUUGUUUCAGCCUCUACAUUCCCUCUCUAUUACAUUUUGCUUGAUCAGGAGUCGAGAUUGGCCGUUCGUCGAGGACGUACUCUCAAUACCAUUCAACCUGAAAAUAAGGAUGCUGAGAAUACCUUGUAUUGGCAAGGAUUUGCACUGCAUGUGUUACAGUCCUUCUUGGUUCAUGCCAUUGGAGUCAAAGUGACUUCCAUGCUUUCCACAAACAACACUCUCAGUAAUGUGAGCGAUGAAGCAGUGGUGAAUACAGACUGCUCCGACGCAAGGGCAAGAGGUGUCUUUGUGGAAAGUGUUGGCAUCUUGGUUGGACGUUUGUUGUGUUUACCAAUUGAGAUUUGUGCUAAACAAUUCCUUUUGAGAAGUAAGCCAAAGAAGGAUUCGUAUGUUUCUGUGUUGGCCAAAUCUGCCUUGUUGACUGUGCCUCAAGUGGCAACAACAUUGGUCGAGUAUUGGGUUUACCGUACCUUGAAUCGAUUGUCGCUCUAA